CGCGCUUCGUAAACAUGACAAAAACUUCUGAGCGGCGCCGUGUCUUGGGGUCUGAAGUGUUUUAAGUUUAAACUUUAAAACAAACAAACAAACAAACAAAUAAUAAUAAAAAAAACGUUUCGUCGUCGUAAAGUCGCGGUUUAUUCUCAGCUACCGCGGUUUUGAAGCCGAACUCGGACUGAAUUCUUUGAAGUUUCUAACGACAUUAAACUUGGAGUAGUGUCACUGAGAGCUAGCGUAACUAGCCGGUUGUGAUUCCGUGUCCCAAACCACAUCGUUUUCACUAUGUAGUGCACUAGUGAGUGCCCUUUUCUUCUAACCAUGGGAAGUCGGCAUGUGAGCUGAAGGAGAAAUGAGAACGCACUAAACGUACUCCUCGCGUACCGUACAGAGCAUCGGCCGACGAGCGUUCCUGUCAUGAUGAGCGCUUCCAAGCCGGACAUCCUGUGGUCCCCGCAUCACGCUGACCGCUUUGUUAUCUGUGACUCCGAGCUGAGUCUGUACCGAAUCGGUACGGUCGGUACGUCAGAGGCCAAAGCUGGUGCCCUGCCGUUAUCCGAGGAGACAGCGGCGACGCUGCUGGCCAUUAACUCGGACACGCCGUAUAUGAAAUGCGUAGCCUGGUAUCCGAAACCCGAGCCGGAGUGUUUGCUCGCCGUUGGCCAGGCUAACGGUCGAGUUGUGCUCACUAGCCUCGGACAGAGCCACAACUCCAAAUGCAAGGAUCUGAUGGGGAAGGAGUUUGUGCCUAAACAUGCCCGGCAGUGUAAUACGUUGGCGUGGAACCCGGUGGACAGCAGCUGGCUCGCUGCGGGACUGGAUAAGCAUCGAGCAGAUUUCUCCGUUCUGAUUUGGGACAUCAGUAGUAAAUAUUCUCCCGAAGCAAUACCGGCUGAGAAGCUUCGUCUUUCUGUAGAUGCCGAUUCCGGCAUGGUGGUGACGAAACCGCUGUACGAGCUUGGACAAAACGACGCGUGUUUGUCUCUUUGUUGGCUGCCUCGUGACCACCCGAAGCUUUUGCUCGCCGGAAUGCACCGCAACUUGGUCAUUUUUGACUUGCGCAACACCAGCCAGAAGACCUUCGUCAACACCAAAGCCGUACAAGGCGUCGCGGUGGAUCCGCACUUCCCUGACCGCGUGGCGUCCUUCUUCGAGGGCCAGGUGGCCAUCUGGGACCUGCGGCGCUUCGAGAAGCCGGCGUUUACGCUCCCCGAGCAAGCCAAACCGCUCACCAAAGUGGCAUGGUGUCCGACACGCACCGGUCUUCUGGCUACUCUGACACGUGACGCCAACAUCGUGCGCCUCUACGACAUGCAGCACGCGCCCACGGGUCCCGUCGGCUCAGACGAAAGCGAGCCCACGGUGAUCGAACGCGGCGUGCAACCGGGAAGUGGCACCGACGGCGUCAUCAGCAGCUUCGCCUGGCACCCGUCCGCCCAAAACCGCAUGGUGGUGGUAGCACCCAAUCGCGCCAUGAGCGACUUUACCGUGUUCGAGCGCAUCUCGCUCGCUUGGAGCUCCACCACGGACCUCGUCUGGGCGUGCGGACGCCACCUGUACGAGUGCGCCGAAGAUGUCCGAGACGACGGCACCGACGAGAAAGACAUCGCCACUAAAAUGAGGGAGCGUGCUCAGUCGCGCUACGGCCAUGACACCGUCCAAGUAUGGAGGAACCACCUGCUGGCUGGUGGGAACGACCCACAGAUCAGGUCCCUCUGGUACACUUUGCAUUUCAUGCAGCAGUACACUGAGGACAUGGAGCAGAGACAGCAGGCAAAUAAACAGUCUCUGAUCUACUCGGGCAUCAAGAAUAUCGUCAAAUCCUGCUCGGGCACUACAGAGUUGCGGCGCUGCUGGAAGGGCUCGGAGAGGCCGACAGAUGUGGCGCAGUACCACAGCGAGGAGCGCAGCCUGGCUCUGCAGCUGUGCGGCUGGAUCAGCCGUGGACCGGACGUCGACGUCGAGCCGUUUCUCAGGUCUCUGGAGCAGGAGGGAGAGUGGGAGCGAGCCGCCUCCGUGGCCCUCUUCAACCUCGACAUCCGCCGCGCCAUCCAGAUCCUCCACAAUGGAGCGUCGGCAGAGAAAGCUGACCUGAACCUGAACGUGGUGGCCAUGGCUCUGUCAGGAUACACGGACGAGAAAGCUUCUCUGUGGAGGGAGAUGUGCAGCACGCUGAGACUGCAGCUGAAGAAGCCAUACUUGUGCGCUAUGUUCGCCUUCCUCACCAGCGAACCAGGGGCGUACGACGCAGUGCUGUAUGAGAGUCGUGUGGCUGUGAGAGACAGAGUGGCCUUCGCCUGUAUGUUCCUCAAUGACAAUCAGCUGUCCCGGUACAUCGAUAAGCUGACGAACGAGAUGAAGGAGGCGGGGAAUCUGGAGGGCAUUCUGCUGACGGGGCUGACGAAGGACGGCGUGGAUCUGAUGGAGAGCUACGUGGACCGAACAGGAGACGUGCAGACCGCCAGUUUCUGCAUGCUCAGGGGCUCGAGCGCUGAAGUAGUGAAGGACACGCGUGUACAGUGCUGGAUCGAGAACUACCGGAACCUGCUGGACGCCUGGAGGUUCUGGCACAAACGAGCCGAAUUUGACAUCCACAGGAGCAAACUCGACCCCAGCUCUAAGCCUCUCGCUCAGGUGUUCGUGAGCUGUAACUUCUGCGGGAAGUCCAUAUCCUUCAGCUGCUCGGCCAUGCCCCACCAAGGCCGCGGGUUCAGCCAGUACGGGGUCAGCGGCUCGCCUACCAAGUCAAAGGUCACCAGCUGUCCGGGCUGCCGGAAACCGCUGCCACGCUGCGCCCUCUGCCUCAUGAACAUGGGAACGCCAGUGUCCUCCUGCAUAGGUACGGGAAAGUCAGACGAGAAAGUCGACCUCCCGAGAGAUAAGAAGCUCGCUCAGUUCAACAACUGGUUCACUUGGUGCCACAACUGUCGCCACGGAGGCCACGCUGGUCACAUGCUUAGCUGGUUCAGAGACCACAGCGAGUGUCCGGUUUCAGCGUGCACGUGUAAAUGCAUGCAGCUGGACACGACGGGGAACCUGGUGCCCUCGGACAAGGUGUAGCCCCGCAGCGGUCCGGUUCUCCAGCCAGAGCCAGCGGAACGUCCUCGCAGUGCCGCGUCUACCUCCUCGCGUCGAGAUGAACGGACCAGGGUUCCAUUCAUACAGACUAAACGCUGCGUAUGUGAAGGCACGCUAAUUCUACAAUAAUACUGUGGCGUCGAGCCGAUUUCUUCGUGCGACACGAGUUUCUGUUUUCCUGCUUCUAUAUGUUGUGUGUUUAUAAAGUGCAGUUUUGAGCAAGAGUUUAGCUCGGCGUCUUCCAUCGAAUCGGUGUGUGUUCCUCUCCGGCCCUACCGGACACCUGCAGAACCACGCAGGGCUUCAGUACCGCCUCAGAUAAACGUUCUUCACUGGUCUCCAUCACUUGAUUCAAGGGGAAAACAAAAAAAAAGUUUUCUGGGAUUUUAAGGUGCAGUAUGUAAUCUUUCAAAGUGUUUGUAGCUUAUCAUAAUAAUGAUCAAAUGUCUUCAUGAAGGCUUUAGAACAAGUUUGAUUUGCAGUAUACAACGUAAUACAAUGGAUCUAGCAGGAUUCUGCUUUUCAGUAUUUCUGGCCCAGAAAUGAGCUCUGCCACAGUGGAAACAUAGUUAAAAGGCAAUUUAAAUGGAAAAACUAGUUUUAAGGCAAAAUGGUGUAAGUGAGGUUUUUUUAAAUUAAUUUUAUUUAUUGCAGUUCACCACGAAAACAGCAGAGAGCCCUGGAAAUUACAAACUGCACCUUUAAAAUGAAAUCAAACCCGG